CUCGCAGGAUCGAGCGAACCACCGAUUAACCGAGCAACAAUGGCUUUCAAGUUCGUCGCUUUUGUCGCCCUCGUGGCCGUCGCCAACGCCGGCAUUAUCGCACCCGGCGCUCCUCUGGCCUACGCGCCCGUCGCCAAGGCCGUCGACGCAGACUACGACCCGCAUCCCCAGUACAGCUACGCCUACGACGUGCACGACAGUCUGACCGGCGACGCCAAGAGCCAGCAGGAAGUCCGCGACGGAGACGUCGUUCAGGGCAGCUACUCCCUCUUGGAAGCCGACGGCACCAAGCGCAUCGUCGACUACACCGCCGACCCGGUCAACGGAUUCAACGCCGUGGUGCGCAAGGAACCCGCCGCGGUCGCCGUGAAGGCCGUCGCCCCCAUCGCACAGGCUGCACCCCUCGCUUACGCCGCUCCAGUGGCCAAGUUCGCCACCCCCGUAGCCCACGCCGCUCCCCUCGCCUACGCCGCCCAUGCCGCGCCUCUCGCCUACACCACCUCCGUGGCCCAUGCAGCUCCUCUCGCCUACGCCGCCCCCGUGGCUAAGUUCGCCGCCGCUCCCGCUCUCGCUUACAGCACGCCGUUCGCCAAGGUCGCCGCUGCCCCGCUCGCGUACGCCACGCAGUACGCCACGCCGUACACCACGCAGUUCGCCAAGGUCGCUGCCGCGCCCGCCUACUCCUACGCCGCCCCCGCUGCCUACCUCCACUGAGCUGUGACCUGAUCGCCACUUAGGAAUGAUUCUUGUCGAAUAAAUCUCAUUUUUCUUAGCAAGUAUACAAAUCGCAUAAAAUCAUCUUCGCCUGUCUUUGAUACCACUUUGGCAAUUAAACUGAUUCGGCGAAAGCUUAGAUUCAAAUUGCUAUCGCGCUUCUGAAGAAAAUAGCAACAAAUAAUUAUAGUUUCUUUUAAACGUAGAAAAACAGAGGGAAGGAAAUUAUGCGCAUCUACCUUCGAUGCGUACAGUUCUUUCACUUAUUCAGAAUAGAAUUUCAAGUAAUUAUAUUUAAAGUGUUAGAAUAAUGAUUAGAAUUUUUGUAUCGAAUAGUUUUUCAUUCAUGUGCGAGAUUACUGAAAACGCGAAGUAAAACAAGUGUUCAUUUCCUCAUUAAAAUGAAUCAUCCAACCAUCAUGUACAAUAAAAACUGUAUCGU